CCCGCCGCAGCCCGGACGCACCCACGGCCUGCCUUCCUUUUGCGCCUGGCCCUGCGCCCCGCCUUGGGUUGGAAACGUGGCCCUCGGCUGCCGGCUGCCGCGUUGUGGAUCGGGCGCGCCCAGUCCCGCCGACGCUGGCGCGGGCGCGCCCCGCAGAUCCCUAAAGAAGUGGCUGACAUCUUUAACGCCCCCAGCGAUGAUGAAGAGUUUGUUGGUUUCCGCGAUGAUGUUCCCAUGGAAACCCUCUCAUCAGAGGAGAGCUGUGAUAGUUUUGACUCACUGGAGUCGGGGAAGCAGCAGGAUGUGCGUUUCCAUUCCAAAUACUUCUCGGAAGAGCUAAGAAGGAUUUUUGUAGAGGACACUGACUCAGAGAUGGAAGAUUUUGAAGGAUUUACGCAGAGUGAUCUGAAUGUUAAUAGUAACCCAGAAGUGAUGCUCGUGGAGUCAGAUAUGAGUGAUGACGAUAAAGUAUCUUUCGUGAGUGAGGAAGAGGAAGAAGAAGAAAAGGCUACACCUAGAAGAAGCAGGCCAAGAAGAAGCGGUAUUGGUCUUCGAGUAGCCUUUCAGUUCCCCACCAAGAAACUGGCAAAGAAAUCUGAAAAGAACAGUUCUUCUGAGCCGUUGUUUUCUGGCUCAGGCUCACAGGACAAAAAGAAAGCAAUUCUUGGAAGAAAGACAAGCUGCAGACAAGGGAAGGAAAGGGAAGAUUCCACCUCUGAGUCUGAGGACGACUCCAGGGACGAGGGCCAGGAGAGUUCAGAUGCCCUGCUGAAAAGGACCAUGAACAUCCAGGAGAACAAAGCCAUGCUUGCUCAGUUAUUGGCGGAAUUGAACUCAAUGCCAGAUUUCUUCCCGGUCCGAACCCCGAACUCGGCUGCUAAGAAGAAAACUGUGAGGCGGGCCUUCUCGGAGGGACAGAUCACACGGCGCACCAACCCAGCCCGGAGUGCACGGCCUCCAGAGAAGUUCGCCCUGGAGAACUUCACCGUGUCAGCUGCCAAGUUCGCAGAAGAGUUUUACAGUUUCAGAAGAAGGAAGACAAUGAGCGGGGGGAAGUGCCAGGGGUAUCGACGACGACGCUGUGUAUCUUCUUUUCGGCCAGUGGAAGACAUCACUGAAGAGGACUUGGAAAAUGUAGCCAUAACUGUUCGAGAUAAAAUCUAUGAUAAAGUUCUGGGUAACACUUGCCAUCAGUGCCGGCAGAAGACCAUCGACACCAAGACGGUGUGUCGAAACCAGAGCUGCGGCGGGGUGCGAGGACAGUUUUGUGGGCCAUGCCUGCGGAACCGCUAUGGGGAGGAUGUGAGAUCAGCGCUGCUGGACCCGGAUUGGAUGUGUCCUCCCUGCCGAGGCAUCUGCAAUUGCAGUUACUGUCGGAAGCGUGAUGGCCGCUGUGCCACAGGCAUCCUCAUCCACCUGGCCAAGUUUUACGGUUAUAAUAAUGUCAAGGAGUAUCUGGAGAGCAUACAAAAGCAGCUGGUAAAAGACAAUUAAGAGAAGAACCAGCCAGCUCACCGUGGAGUACUCCAACAAGAUAUGCCAUUUGUGCCUAAGAUACGGUUGUGUUUUUAUACAGAAAUUCUUUGUAGAUCUAAAUACUAUUUUUUUAAAGUUUGUAUAUACGCUUCAAAAGAUUUCUCAGGAAGACAAGAGAGGAAUCUCUAUACAUGUAUAUUCAGGCCUGCUUAUAUAUUGAAUUGUUAAAAGCAUCUGCAGAUCAUGAAAAAACCAGUUUAAA